GUUUUAUGGAUCGGUUUCUCCGUUAGUAUGCAUCUCAGUUCUCCAGUGUUGUGGUCACAUUGAAAGGUAAAGCUUGAGUGGAAUGCAGAAAGUCAACGCAUGGCCAUGAAGAUCAUUUGUGAUAUGUAAAAUAACGGCUUCAUCCCUAAAAAAUAAUCCACGUCCUGGAGGCUGAAAAACCGACAGCUAAUGGAGCAAUAUUUCUUGCGUGAAAAUGUUGUGUUGACGCUCAGAGGGUCUCUAAUUAGCAUAUUAACGAAUACAUGCUUGUCAGAAGAUCUCAAAAGAACGUCAGCCACAAUGCGGCAGAGUUAUAUGCACGUGGCAUGUUUCAUGGCUGGACGAGUCUUGAAUGCAGCAGAAAUGGAAAGUGCACCGUGGUCCCGCAUCACAACAUGCGCUGUAAUGUGAAAUGUGAGCCUGAGCUCGCUGCUAUGGCAUUGAAGGUGUGUGCUGCUGUGCACAACCCCCUUGAUGCAGUUGCUAAGCAACCCCUUUAUCGUCUUGUAGGACCUGUGCCGAUUGCUGAGGCAACCUCGUAUCUGAUUCACUGGCACCGACUCAAAAAUACAGCAAAAAUAGGGCAUUAGUCACCUUGACAGUUGUGGGGAAACUCAGUGGGAAAACACUGAACUCCCUGAAGAAUUACAAAUAAAUGGAAAGUCCUCUGCAACUUGAAGUUGAGAAUACUAGAUCUAGGCAGUAGACAUACUAGACAAAGCAUCGAGGCACUGGAAACAUCAGCUUAAGAUGGUAGCUGGAUUUUUGGAACUGGAUAACUAUUAGAUGAUGUUUACAAACCAGUCAGUUAUACUAGAUCUAAAUGUGUUUUUACAACAUAGUAAGUGGUCAAACAACUAAUGACUAUCUAGCUAAAGACCAGCUAUGAGCAUAUAACUAGAUACAUGUAAGGAAAUUCCGUAAUAAUUGCAAAAUAAAUGCAAUUGUAAUAUGUUACUGAGAAAACUGUGCAUGCAAUUAGUUACUUAAGAAAAUGUUAACGAAUACAAAGGGUAUUGUACCUGAAUAUUUUCACAAACAUUUAGCAUUGAUUGAUUUCUUUCCCAAAUUGUGUUAGGAGUUUAGGACACAGAAUAGAACAUGAUUAUUAUCUUGUUAUUAUUAUAGAAUAUGAUUAUAACAUUGUAGCAUGUAAUUUAAAUAGUUAAACUUCCCAACACUGGCAGUGACCAUUCUGGAACAGCCAAAAUCAUAUUGGACAAGCUAAUAACCAUCUUAGACCAGCAGAGGCCAUCCUGGAACAGUUAUAACACACUUGGACCAACUAAUAUCCAUUCUGGAACAGCUAUGGUCAGCUUGGUCCAGCUAGUGACCAUUCAAAGCCAUAGUCAGCUUGGUACAGCCAAUCUUGGACCUGAUAAUGACCAUUCUGGAACUUCUCUAACCAGCUUGGUCCAGCUAAUGAAAAGCUUGGAUUAGCUAAUUACCUUUCUGGAACAUCUAUGCUCUGCUUGGACCAACUACUGACCAUCCUGGAACAUAUAUGGCCAUCUAGGGGCAGCUGUAACCAGUUUAGACCAGCUACUGACCGUUCAGGAAAAGUUAUGGCCAUCUUGGGCAAACUAUAUCCUGUUUAGACCAGCUGGUGACCAUUCUGGAAAAGCCAUAGUCAACUUGGUUCAGCUGGUGACCAUCUUGGACCUGAUAAUGACCAUUCUGCAACUGCUCUAACCAGCCUGGUCCAGCUAAUGAGCAUCUUGGACCAGUUUGGAUUAGCUAAUUGCCUUUCUGGAACAGCUAUGCUCAACUUGGACCAACUACUGACCAUCCCUGAACACAUAUGGCCAUCUAGGGCCAGCUAUAACCAGUUUAGACCAGCUGCUGACCAUCGAGGAAAAGUUAUGGUCAGCUAUAACCAGUUUAGACCAGCUACUGACCAUCGAGGAAAGGUUAUGGUUAGCUAUAACCAGUUUAGACCAGCUACUGACCAUCUUAACCAGUUUGGACCAGCUACUGACCAUCGAGGAAAAGUUAUGGCCAACUAUAACCAGUUUAGACCAGCUACUGACCAUCGAGGAAAGGUUAUGGUUAGUUAUAACCAGUUUAGACCAGCUACUGACCAUCUUAACCAGUUUAGACCAGCUACUGACCAUCGAGGAAAAGUUAUGGCCAACUAUAACCAGUUUAGACCAUCUACUGACCAUUCUGCAACAGCUACGACCAGCUUGGUCCAGCUACUGACUAUCUCAAACCAACUAAUAACUAUUAAUAACCACACAUGCUAUGAUGACCAGCUUCAGCCAACUAGUGACCAGUUAAGACCUGCUAGCGACCAAUAACACUACCAAUAAACUGGAUAGCCGUUUCGUAUCAGUGCAUGGACUAUAUAGUUAAUGAUUUGGACCAGCUAAUAAACAGGAAGAAUGGAACUAACAUGUUCCAAAACAACUACCAGUUUCAGCCGGAUUAACCAACAGGGAAUAGCGUGUUUAUUUAAUUUCAUAUCGUUUAUUAUAUUAUCAAAUCGCUAAAUACUCAUCGGCCCCGUGGUUUAAUACGCCAUUGCGAGGUUUUAAAUAAUACGUAAAUACAAAAAUAUGACCAAGCACUAAAAAUACGAGUAAUUGAACGGAGCUGGGAGAUGGAGCAGAGCUAAAUAGGGAGCGCGUCCCUCUAGACGUUGUUAGGCUACAUGGAGGCGCACUUCCGUCCCGCAUAAUUCGGUUUAGGGGAGCAGGUGCAGGGAAGGGGACUGAAGCGUCACCUCACGUCAAGCAAUAUACUUGAUUUACAGUAGCGUUUAUUUUAAACCCCGUGCGCUGGGUCGGAAGAUGGUAGCAAAACAAAGAAUCCGUAUGGCAAACGAGAAGCACAGCAAAAACAUCACUCAGAGGGGGAACGUGGCGAAGACCCUGCGGCCGCAGGAGGAGAAGUAUCCGGUGGGGCCAUGGCUUUUGGCACUCUUCGUGUUUGUCGUCUGUGGCUCAGCCAUCUUUCAGAUAAUUCAAAGUAUCCGGAUGGGAAUGUGAGCGAGACUUGGGCUGACUGGACACAAUCAGAAGGACAGAGGCUUGUAUGCUGAGCUGGAUCUAGUGUACAACACCACAUGACAUUGUCACACAUGUUUACAGUGCCCCCGGACGAAGAGAGCGCGCGCUUUUCUACAAAACCAUUGUCGUCGUCGACGCAUCUUAUCAUUUUUGUCAUAUUUAUUUGUGAUUGAUGAUUGCCGUGAUCUAUUUCUCUAUUUAAUAGUGUUUGCGUGAGCCUUUUUCAAAUAAACGUCAAACACAUUUGGAUAACGAG